GGGAGAGUGAGGUAAGAUGAGCCAGUGGGUAAGUUGAACCACCCCUUGUAUCUAGGUAACUGUAUUCAUGUUUUGUCAUGUGACCAUAAAUCCAGGAAGCACUCAUCAUUUCCAUCCUGCUAUAUUAAAGAGGAGCACAUUGGAGAAGGGAAAAGAUAUCAUGCCAAGGACCUACAGACGGAAGACCAGCUGGGGCUCAACACCCCUGGAGGAGAUUGAAAGGGCAGCGAGUGAAGUCAAGGGAGGAAAGUCCAUAAGAUCAGUGGCUAAAGAAAGACAAAUUGACAGGUCAACACUCAGGAGAUAUAUUAAAAAGAGGGACACACAGGAGGUCAAAUCGGUUGGCUAUAGUGGAACAGCUUCAGCAAAGAGAGUCUUCUCUGAGGAGGUGGAGAAGGAGCUAGGAGAGCAUAUCAAGAAGCUUGCAGAGCAGUUCCACGGCAUUUCCCCAAAGAAAUGCCGUGAACUGGCAUUAGAAUUGGCAGGCAGAAACAACAUUGUGCUCCCCUGACCUGCCACUGCUGCUAAUCAUGGAUAACCAUGAAGCCCACAUUUCACUGAAGGCUUUGGACAUAGCAAAAACAAGUGGUAUUGUAAUGCUCACAAUUCCACCCCACACUUCCCAUCGCCUUCAGCCUCUGGAUAAGUGUGUGUAUGGUCCAUUUAAAACCUAUUACAACAGAGCUCUUGAUGGCUGGAUGAGGUCCAACCGAGGCAAAACUGCCAGCAUAUACCAAAUUGCUGGUUGUGUGAAUGAUGCUUUCAUGUCAGCAAUGACACCACGAAAUAUCUCCUCGGGAUUUAGAGCCACUGGGAUUUUCCCUUACAACAGAGAUAUCUUCUCUGAUGCAGAGUUUGAGCCAUCCAUGGUGUCAGACAGGCCCAACCUGGAGCAGCAGCCUGCCGCUGAAGGUGUUGCACCUGUGGUUUCAGCCUCUCUUUCUGCUGAGCUACCUUCACCAGACCCUGUACAUGCAUGUGGUUCACAAAGUGACCCCAACCAUGCUCGAUAUGUGUCUCCCACUGAUAUUCUACCCUUACCCAAAAGUCAGCAGCCCAGGAAACAAACAAAUCGAAAGCGUGUGAAGACACGAAUCCUGACUGAUACACCUGAAAAGCAGGCAAUUGAGAGAGCCCAUGAAGAAAGGACAAAUAAACUGAAAGGCAAAAAAGAAAUAAUCCACAAAAAGCAAGGAAUGUGGAAGAGGAAACAAACCCAGACAAAAAUUGCAGUGGAAAGCAGCUCUGAGGAGAGUGAUGUUCCCAUCCCAUUUGAAGACACUUCUGAGUAUGAGAGUUCCAGCGAUGAAAGAAGUGAACCAGAUGUCUCAGACCUGGUAGUUGGUGACUUUGUCAUCGUAAGAUUUGCAUCCAAAUCCAGGAGCCACCAUUACAUUGGCCUGGUUGACAGCUUUGCAGACAAUGAAGUGAGUGCCAGAUUUCUCAGAAGAAUCCGAGGGAUCACUAGCAGUAAGAAACCCACGUUUGUGUUCAAGGAAAAUGAUGAGGCAUCUUUCCCACGCAAGGAUGUGCUGAAGAAGCUACCUCAACCUCAACAGGCUGGAGGAACUGCAAGGAGGGAGCAACAGUUCAUAUUCCCCUGCAACCUUGAUCAUUGGAAUAUUGAAUAGUUCUUUUGAAUAAAUGGUUUUGAACUGGUGGUUUGUUUAGAAACCACCAGUUUCCAGGUUUGUUCUCACAGGUUUACAACUGUUAAAAUGGUUUGUUUUCACAAUAUGAUCAGUUUUACAUUUUAAAAACUACAUGGUCAGUUUGCCCCAAGAUGGCUCAGUUUACCCACUGACUAGGUUCAAUUUACCCCUAAUCUGGGGCAAGUUGAGCCAAAGGAGCAUUUUUUUUUAAUAGGUCAUUAUUUUGGGCAGCGUCAUCAGACAUAGAUUCUGAUCAUUACAUUUGAAAGGAGACAUCCUGAAAUAAAGGAAUAUGUUAUCAUUCUA